AUGAUUUCCCCUGCAUCUUUUAAGCGCGCACAGAAAAUUAAGACUAAAUUGUCUUUUACGCGUCUGGUUUUAUCUCCUUCUACAAUACGUUUAUUGGUUCCACCUUUAUCACGUCCUUCCGAACCUAUAAGUCCCUUUCAAAAUACAUUCCUAGACUCCUCUCUUAUUACUCCCCAAAUUUCAGUUUCAGAAGAUACUGCUGAUUAUGACAUUAACGUCCCUUCUCCAGUCCUUUCUUUGAAUUGUACACCUGAGGAACCUUUACCGGCAACUUCUACUUCAGCCCAUCUUCUUCAUGAUAAUGUACAGUGUUCAUCUUACACCUUCACAAUACGCAACUGUCACUUUCUUUUGGACCCCACUCCUGAUUCGGAUAAUUGUUAUUCAGUUCAUACCAAUUCUCCUCUCCUUUCAACUAUGGAUCCAUUUCAAUUUACAUCUGACCGCCCUUCUCCUAAUUUGAAAUUUAUUUUAUCAAAGUUACGCCAGCUUUUGUUAACACAAUGGGUUACCUCUCUUGCCCGUUGGUCAUCUUCUCAUCGUAAUAAUAGACGUACUCGUACCUUUAUUCAAUUUCGAUACCAACAAUCUUGUUUUUACCUUGGCCUUUAUUUUGGUUGCCCGUUUUGCAAGACUCCUGCUGCCUAUGUUAUGUUUCAAUUUCGUCAUGCUUGUCAUAUUCAUGACAAAAAACUUGUUCACACUCCUUCCCCUCCUCCUUGUCCUCCUUUCACUUUACCUUGUAAUCAUGUGUCUAAAAGACACGCUGAUGGUUUUUAUAAAGACGUUACUUCCCGACGCCUAGGAGUUUCCUACCGCAAAUCCUAUGCUUUCCAUCAUGUUCUUGAGGACGACAGUGGUUCACUCUCUGCCCGAACUCUUAUCUCAUAUUCUGCUCAUAAAUCUAUCUCCCACCCUACGAAGAAACAACUUGCUCGUCAAGUACGCCAUAAAGACUUUUUAUCAGACCGGAGCAAAUUUUCACGACAUGUUAUUCAGCCCGAUCUUCUUGACUCUUCCAUGUGGAUGGCCACUAAGGAUCAUGCUAUAGUCAUUCCUCCUACCUCCUAUAAUUUGACUAUGUCUACUACUGAUUACUUAAUUGUCCAGAAUAUACGUAAUCUUGUAUCCUCACGUCCUGACGUUUCCUUCUGUUUGAAAGAACGUUCACAUCAAUCUUCUGUUGCGUUCGUGUCUUCUAAGUUUACGGGUUCUAUCCAAAAAGUGGUUUUGAAUCCCUCUUCUGUAGUUGCAAGUCAUUUUAUCACUGACAAACCCACCUUUGGUCCUUUUGUUGGUCCGAACUGCCCUGCUAUUGAUUAUCAAGAUUUCAAAACUCUUGGCUUUAGUCGUUCCAUUAUUGAUAUGCACAACACUUCCUCGGUAUCAAAGAAGUAUCUUCGAGAUGCCAUUCAAUCUGUUAUCACCAAAUCGGCUUCCUCUUCGACAUUUUCACAUCUUUGGAAUAGUGAAACAAGGGUUUCUUUCAAACUAGGUCGUGUUAAACCUUGUGAUAUCUUAAUGUUAUUGGAUGUUUGUGCACCUUGGUUUGAUUCACAUCCUUACCCUGCUCCUUCUGAUUUCCGAACAUCGUGGGAAUUACCCGCUGAUUUUGUUCAUCCACCAGAAUUUACACAUAAAACUUCGGUUAAAGAUUAA